AUGUCAAUUUAUGUGGAGCAAAUGAGGUCAAAAUACACGUAUUUACGAAUACGUAUGCAACGUUCUAAUUCGGUUUGUCGCAGUACGACUUCAAAAACCAAGUGGUAUUUGUCCUUUUGUCACUGGAUGGCAGUUGUUUAUGGCAGAGUGUCAAGAAGAGAUUGGUUGGAUUCUAAGCACCAAAUAAAUCAAGAACUUGAGGAUGCAUUAGCAUCACUAGCCAAACCACAAUCUCCCUCAGGACAAAUGAGGGCAAUAAGCUUGAAGAAUUUACCUUCUCUGUGA